GACACAUGGAUUGGUUGCCUCCCACAUGUAUCCUGACUGGGGCUGAGGAUCCUCUUUCUCCCAAUCUUUCUCUAGCCACAGUUCAGGUUAGACUGGUCAGUGCCUACUUCCAAUCUCUGCUUCUGGAACCUUCCAGGAUUGGAUCUCACUGCCCAUCCUCCUUCCGGACCCUGCAAAGCCCCUUUGGUCGCUUCCCUCAAGGAAGGCCUGGCCCUGGGAAGGAAUUCCCUCGAAAUCCUUGCUGCUGUGAGAAUUCCAGGUUGCAUGGCCUCAUGACAAUCCCAAGUGAAACCGGAGUUCCAGAAUGCGGGCUCCUGGCCUGGCUUGGAGAGGGCUGCUGGGUACAGGACCUGGGGCUCAGGCUGCACCUUGGCUCGGGGUCAGGGCCUGCUCGCUGUGGCUGGAGGAGGCCUGUUCCGCAUCUCAGCCAUGGGCCUGGAGCUCUACCUGGACCUGCUGUCAGCGUCCUGCCGCGCCGUCUACAUCUUCGCCAGGAAGAACAGCAUCCCCUUCGACUUCCAGUUUGUGGACCUGCUGAAAGGUUACCACCACAGCAAGGAGUACACUGAGAUCAACCCCCUGAAGAAGCUGCCCAGCCUCAAGGAUGGGAAAUUCAUCUUAUCUGAAAGCGUGGCCGUCCUCCUCUACCUGUGCCGCAAGUACAGCGCCCCCUCGUACUGGUACCCGCCGGACCUGCACACGCGCGCCCGCGUGGACGAGUUCAUGGCCUGGCAGCACACAGCCAUCCAGCUGCCCAUGAGCAAGAUCCUCUGGAUCAAGCUCCUGAUCCCCAUGAUCACAGGCGAGGAGGUUCCAGCUGAGAAGACGGAGGAGGUGCUGGCGGAGGUGCAGCAAAACCUGAAGCUGUUCGAGGAGCGGUUCCUUCAGGACCGGAUGUUCAUCACCGGGGACAACAUCUCCCUGGCCGACCUGGUGGCCUUGGUGGAGAUGAUGCAGCCCAUAGGGGGCAACCACAACGUCUUCCAGGCCAGCUCCAAGCUGGCCCAGUGGCGCAUGCGGGUGGAGCUGAGCAUCGGCCCCAGCCUCUUCUGGGAGGCCCACGACCGGCUGGUGAAGCUGGGCGAGUGGGACUGCUCCACGCUGGACCCGUCGGUCAAGGAGAGGAUCGUCGACUUGCUGCAGAAGUUCAAGUAGAGCAGCCCUCGUGCAGCGCCCGGCUGCUCAGCCCUCUGAGCCUCCUUUCUGGGGACACACACCCAAAACCACUGUUUCUUUGUCCAAUAAAGAACCAGAACCAC